UUUACUCGUGUACACAUAAAACACACUUCAUCUCUCAUAAAUAUAACACUAUGGUUUUAUCAACUCCAACCGCUCAGAGCAGCACCACCACCAGCAGCAGCAGCAGCAGCUCUUUGUGUGUAUGCAUGCAUGUGUGUGUUUGUGCAAAUGAGUGCGAAUGCAGUUGUACGAGGGUGCGUCAGAGGAAAAAGGAAGUUGCGGGACCAAGUUAAAAGCCUUCAACAGAGUGCAGCUCUGCAGAACACCCACCACGGAAGAAAGGCAGAACGAGAGCACUGAAGUCUGACAAUGAAAUAAUGAAAGAGAGACGGGGAGGUGAACAUCGAGAAAGAAGACACUGAGCUGUCAGGACAAACUGAAGAAAACAAAGAUGGAGUUGUGGCGGCAGUGUGCGAUUUGGCUGAUUGACUGUCGAGUUCUUCCUGACAACCACCGGGUCACAUGGGAAAGUGCACAGGUGUGCGACCUGGCUCAGGCUCUGAGAGACGGCGUGCUGCUCUGCCAGUUGCUCAACAACCUGCUUCCUCAGGCCGUCAACCUGAGAGAGAUCAACCUGCGCCCACAGAUGUCCCAGUUCCUGUGCCUGAAGAAUAUCCGGAUGUUUCUGGCAGUUUGUCUGGAUAAGUUCAAUCUCAAGAAAAAUGAACUGUUUGAAGCCUUUGACCUGUUUGAUGUUCGAGACUUCGCAAAGGUCAUGAACACUUUGUCCAUCCUCUCUCAUACAUCCAUUUCUUUACAAAGAGGACUACAGCCUUUUCCUUUGGAGGGAUGUACAACAGAUGAUGAUAUCUACAGCGGCCUGUCUGACCUGAUAGAUGAUACAGUGGAUGACGAUGAUGACUUGUACGACUUUGUGGAGGACGAGGAGAACGAAGGAGAUGAAAUCUAUGAAGACUUGAUGAAGACAGAAGAACAACCUGAAACUCAGCAGCAGAAGACUGGGGUGGACAAACGAGAGUGCUGCCUGCAGGAGAUCAGACAGACAGAAGAGAAAUACUCUGAUACUCUAGAAUCUAUAUUACAGCACUUUAUGAAGCCUCUUGAAAGGUUUCUCCAUGUUCCAGACAUUGAGACAAUCUUCAUCAACGUUAAGGAGUUGGCAGUCACCCACCGUUCUUUGUUGGAGGAAGUCCGGACAUCUAUCCUAACUUAUGGAGCCAAGAACCUGUACCAGGUGUUUGUGAACUACAAGGAGAGGCUCUUACUAUACGGCCAUUACUGCAGUCAGGUGGAAACAGCGUCCAAACACCUGGACAAGCUUUCCACUAGCAGGGAGGACAUCAGAAUGAAACUGGAGGAGUGCUCAAAGAGAGCGAAUAGUGGACGUUUUUCUCUCAGAGAUCUACUCAUGGUGCCCAUGCAGAGGGUCCUCAAAUAUCACCUACUGUUACAGGAGCUUCUAAAGCACACCACCGACCCCACAGAAAAGGAAAACCUCCGAACAGCUCUUGAUGCUAUGAGAGACUUGGCACAAUGUGUGAACGAGGUGAAGCGAGACAAUGAGGUCAUGAGACAGAUCACAAGCUUCCAGCUGUCCAUAGAAAACCUGACACAGUCUCUAGCGAUGUAUGGUCGUCCCAAAAUCGACGGAGAGCUGAAGUUCUGCGGCCCAGAGAAAAAGUCCAAACAGGACAGGUAUGCAUUCCUCUUCGAUAAAGCCAUGUUUGUGUGCAAGAAGAAAGGUGGAGAGAAUUUUGAGCUCAAGGAGAUCAUUGAACUACAGCACUACGAGUUACGGGAUGAAACAACGGGAGAAAAGGACAAAAAAAAGUGGUCUUAUUCGUUCCUCCUGCUCGACUGCAACGGAAGGUGUGGGUACGAUUUAUACUUCAAAACCAGAGAGUUGAAGAAGAAAUGGCUGGAACAGUUUGAAAUGGCUGUGUCGAAUAUGUGUCCAGAGAACUCCACAGCUAACGGCCAUGACUUCCAGAUGCACUGCUUUGAGGAAACCACCUGCUGCAAGGCCUGCUCCAUGCUGUUGAGAGGGAUCUUUUUCCAGGGCUAUCGCUGCACUCGCUGUAAAAUGGCUGCACAUAAAGAGUGUUUAGGCAGAGUUCCUGUCUGUGGACGAAACUCAGAUCAUUCCGGUACUAUGAGGAAGAAUAAAACACAGAAGUCUCCUGCAAAUUCCAGCGUUGGAUUCCCUAAAAUGGAGGUGUGUCAGGAGUAUUAUGGCUUGCCGCCACCCCCUGUGGGCUUUGGCCAACCAAUUCACCUCUCCAAAGGUGACAUCAUUGAGCUGACCCGGGCUGAUGCUGACCUGCCGUGGUGGGAGGGAAGGAACCUGACUCUCGGACAGAUGGGAUGGUUCCCCUGCCAAAAAGUUCAGCCGUACGUUACUAGGCCUACCUCGGACCUGUCUGGCUUCCACUGGUUUGCAGGAAACAUGGACAGAACCGCGGCCAAAAACCUGCUGAUGUCUCGAUCUGAUGGAACCUUCCUUGUACGGCAAAAAGACGCAGGAGAGUUUGCUAUCAGCAUCAAGUUCAACAUGGACAUUCGGCACAUCAAAAUCACCUCUGCUGAGGGUCUAUUCCGCAUCAAUGACAAGAAAGCAUUCAAGGGUUUAAUCGAGCUGAUUCAGUUUUACCAAACGAACUCUCUAAAGGAGUACUUCAAGGAAGUGGACACCACGCUGUGUACACCUUACAAACAACCAGAGCAGAGCAACUUGCCCAACAACACGCCAAACAUCACACCAGGAGGCAGCAUGAAGAGUUUUGGCGUUGUGAGGGCCAGGUACGACUUCUCAGCCAGAGACCGCACAGAGCUGUCACUGCGCGAAGGAGACACCAUCAAGAUCCUCUCCAAGAAAGGCCACAGUGGGUGGUGGAAAGGAGAGGUGUACGGCCGGGUGGGCUUGUUUCCAGCAAACUACGUAGAGGAGGACUACUCUGACUACUGCUGACGUGGAUCCAGAGAUGUGUGGAACCUUACUGCAUGUUCAGGGGUCUAUGUGGAACCUGGUCCCAUCAAUUGCAUUAAUGCAUAUGCAGGAGUGUGUUUCAGUGUGUGUGUGUGUGUGUGUGUGUAUGUAUGUGUGUGUGUGUGUGUGUGUGUGUGUAAGAGAGUGAGAGUUGCUCCCUGAUCUAAUGACUGUUGACUGAUGUGAAUAAAACUUUUGUUCAGCUGA